AUGGCCGGCGACGACCGGCCAACGAGCCAACUCCCUCGCCCCAGGAACUGUCGCCUCGAUGCCAUGUCCCCGUCGAGGCGACCAACCCGUUACGUCGUUGGCGCGCGCGCCACAAUGGCAUCCCGUUUUCGCGCGGCAUCGGCUCUUCUGGUGGUGUGGACGGCAUGCGCGGCGAUCAUCGUGGAAUUCGAGGGUUUGGCGCUUGGGGAUGCGUCUGGGGAUUCAAGGCAGCUCAAGCAAAAUAUACCUCAAGGACUGAUUUUGGGUGAGGAUGCACCAUGUGGGCGGUUCUCCAACAUGGUGUCACUGCGCAAUGCUGAAAAUGUGCACAGGUGUGGGGGAACACUAGUUGCCAGCAAGUGGGUGCUGACUGCAGCACACUGCGUGGACCCAAAUAAUCAAAAGUCCCUGGGCACCACACCCAUUGUGGUGGUAGGUGGCUGCAAACUGGACGACGUGGAGAACGAAAAUGGGAAAGUUGAGUCAUCUAGACCAAAAAAGACAUUCAUCCACAAAGGUUGGACAGGAAAUCUGUCAGAUGGAAAUGACAUUGCGCUGCUCAAGCUGCAGAAGAAGACCAAGCACGAGUUUGUAGGUCUCCCCACAGCCACACACUCCCUUUCCAGGGGCGAAGCCUUGUUGGCUCUUGGAUGGGGGGAAGGCGGUGACGGCAGUGGCGACCUUCAAAUGGCUGAGUCUAUUGAAGUCAUAGAUAUCAAUGAAUGCCGCAGCAAGGAGUUCUGGGGCGACUCCGUAAAGGACACCAUGUUUUGUGCUUAUAGUUUCCAAGGGGAGGAUGUGUGUCAAGGUGAUAGUGGGGGCCCAUUGAUAGAGCCUUUUACACGUGAUGGUGUCCUAGAGGCUGGCAAACCCAGCCUCGAUAUCAUUGUUGGCAUCACAUCCUUUGGCGAUUCUGGAUGUGGAGAUUCACAGCUACCAAAUGUCUUCACGAAGGUCAGCUCAUUUCGCGAUUGGAUCGACUUUGUGAUGGAGGAAGAGCCACCAGAGUUGAUUUCAACUCCAGGGCCCGCUGCCCAGGCAUCACCCCCUGAAGACCCUACUUCUAUGCGACCAGAUGUGCCAUCACCACUGCCUGAUGACCCUCCACUGGUAUCAGGUCCACCACCAAUGCCGGCAUUGCCACCCACUGAGGAAAUGGCCCCACCCACGCCGGCACCCAUACCUCCAGCUCCUGAAAGGGCUGGGACAUCCCCAUCUGAAGACGUACAAGAGCUUAACGAGGACCUGAUGUUUGUUGCCGCAAAGCCCGAAAGCGAUUCCACAGAGUCUGAGGUGGAAGAUCUCAUCUCCAGUGGAGCCGACCCCAAUGCUUGCUGCACUGCAAUUGGCAAGUUUGAGGGGUGUACAGCUUUGGUGCUGACCACGAGGAGCAACAACACCGCUGCAGCAAAAGCCCUCGUGGCAGCAGGCGCUGAUGUGGACCUGCCAUGUGGUCUUGAAAGCAGCCCCCUGCAUUGGGCGGCGAUGGAAAAUGCCAUCGGGGUGUCGCAGGUACUGGUGGACGCCGAUGCUGAGCUGGAUCCCAGGGACGCCGACCGCGACACGCCCCUGCACGAAACCUCCUGGAGCAACCACAUAGGAGUCGCCGAGGUGCUGGUGAAGGCGGGCGCCAAUUUGGAGGCGCGCAGACGGGGAGGGGACACCCCCCUGCUCCUGACUGCCAGGCGCGACAGCCCGCAUGUGGCGGAGGUGCUUGCCGAGGGCGGCGCUGACACGGAGGCAAGAACUACAGCGGGAAAUUUUACGGCGCUCAUGAUCGCAGCAGGGGAAGGGUACUUGGAAGUGGUGAAGGUGCUUGUGGCGCAUGGGGCGGAUGUGUCUGCUCGAAAUGAGGAGGGCGAGACAGCGGGGGAUUUGAUUUGCAUUGAGAAUAUCCGUUGCAAGGCUGAUGUCGUUAGUGAAUUGGAGGUCAUCUUGCUGUGA